AUGGCUUCCAAACUCCAGGGCCUCAAGGUCCUCCAAACACCCUACAAAAGUAUUGCCAACCACGAGAUCCGCACCGACGUCCUCGUCCCCGAAACACCAUUGUCCGGCAAACGACCCGUCAUCGUGCGCUUCCACGGCGGCGGCCUCGUCAUGGGCGACUCGCUCUACUUGCCGUUCUACCCCCAGUGGCUGACGGACCUCGCGCUCGCCCACGGCGCCAUCAUCAUCUCCCCCAACUACCGCCUCCUCCCGGAAGCCACGACGCCCCAAAUCUUCCAAGACAUGGCUGAUUUCUGGACGUACAUCCACUCGCUGUGCUACGCCCGCCGAGAGAAGGAUGUAUUUCCCACCGGAGGCAUUACAGGCGGAGCACGUCAAGCUUCCAAAGGGCGGCAUCACGAUAUUACAGGGGAAAUCCGACAGCGUCGUGCCCGUGGAGUCGGUGAGGCGAUUUGUGAAGCGCGCGAGAGAGGUGGUUGGUGA